UUCUGUUCCAAAUCGAUUGUUGAGCGCGGCGCUUAUCGGUUUUCAUUUAUUAUUAUUAUUUUUUUGACACGUACCGUACUCGUUACGAAUAAUUGGUUAAUUUUUUUCUCUCGGAGGACAUAAAAUCAAGAAAAAAAUUAAAAUCAGUACAAAAAAGACUUUAUGUUUCCGCCGAGUCUGAGAAACUUUGUUGUGUGCAUUUCCGCAGUAUUUGUCAUCAACACUGGAGAAAAAACGCGAUCAAAUUAUAUAAAACAUAUGUUUAACUAAAGAACGAAGUAAAUGAUACAACAAACUGAAUUCCAGUAGAGCACGAGAAUUUGUGAGAAGAACAUCAGUAAACAAACUAAAAGAAUUUUUGAGUGACAAUUAUUGCAACCCCUUUUAAAAAAUGAAAAUAAAAAAAUAAAAAAAAGUGAAAAUUUUUCAAUGAAAAAACGAAAAAUCAAUCAUGAAAAGGACUUUCUACGCAGUUUUUACAUUUUUCGUGAUAAUUUCAAGUUCAAACCUUGCAUCUGCUUCAAUUGACGAACAUGAUUAUGUGAACGCUUACAUCCUAAAAGGGGUUCGUCCCGGAUAUUACUCAAAUCCUGUCUCAAGUUCAACUGAAGGAUUUUUAUUUGCCGACGAAUCUUCAACUGCUUCGUCAUCAACGACGACGGAAGAAGAGCUUCCAAUUUGCGGGCCUGUGCGACAACCCGAACACACCAUCAAGGAAUCUGUCGUCACGAUUAAAUGGCAACCGCCGACCCUUGGCACGAAUUGCAACGACAUUUACUUGGUUACCGUGCUGGAUUUUGAGGAUGACAAAGUAAUCGAGAACAUCACGACAACCGAAUUGACAAUCGAUAUCGACGGGAUUGAGCCAUGCGGCAAUUAUCGCUACACGAUAACGACUUUUGAUAGUUUUAACGAAACCGGCGAAGCAAAUGAAAAAUCUUUCAAAGUAGAUCCCGUUGCUCCGAGUCACGUUACUCAUUUGGAAUAUAAAUCGUCGUCUUUUGUCGAAAAUGCAAGCACUUCAGUCGUCAUUUAUUGGGAGGAGCCUCAUUACGGCAAAAAGUGUGUGAAAGAUUAUGAAAUUCUUAUGUGGCGACGCGAUCGAGAAAGUGAACAAGAAGAAGGAAAUAUCAUCGCCGAGAAUAUUACUUCAAGGACAAUGACGAAAAAUGAUCUUUACGCUUGUGAAAUUUACGUUUUGCAAGUUACGGCGAUCGGGACUUUGAGAGGAGAAGAAAAAAAAGUGACAAUUCCGAUGGCACCAAGAAAAACUGUGGCUCCAAGUAAAACGGAAAGGGAGUCUUAUGGACCGAAAUUUUUGAAUCUUUCAACGGUAAACAAUGACAUCAAGAGUGUUUGUUAUCCAUCCAUUGCGAGAUUUGAAUGUACUUAUCAAGGCAACGACAUGGAAGCAGAAAUCGUUAUGUCUGUGAACGUGAUGAUCGAAAAGACACACGAAAAAAAAUAUUUUGCAAUUUUCGAGGACUUACUUCCAUUUUCUAAAUACGAAUGCUCUGCACAACUUUACAACGUGAUGGGAAUGUCUGACAAAAGUCUCAUCAGCGGCGUGCAUUUAACAGAAGAAGAUGUUCCCGAUCGCCCUACCGAUGUUUACGUCAACGAUACCCAAGUGAAUUCGUUCCGUGUCUCUUGGCGAGCUCCUGAGAAGGCAAACGGGAUCUUGGCUUACUACAGACUUUACAUCGAUCUCGUCAAACCUCUUUUCAUUAUUCCCUCGACUUGUUCUGGUUUUCGUACAAGCAAUAUUUCACACACCGAAGCAGCAACAGUUUAUUCUCGCGUCGUCGAAGAGUUAAAUCCGUACGUUUUGUACUCCGUGCAAGUUGCUGCGAGCAAUGGAAAAGGCGUUGGCGACUAUUCCGACACAAUUUUUGUCGCUACAAAAUCUGCGCCUUCCGAAGCUGUUCAAAAUUUGGAAUACACAGUUCAACCGCCGACUUCCGUGACGGAAUAUAAUGCCGUUUAUACCUUCACGUGGGAGUUGCCAUGUCGCACAAAUGGUUUCUUGAAAGGAUUUCGGCUGUGGGCUGAGGGAAAUCGCUUGCAUUACGACACGCACAUCAUCGAACAUUUUAUUCCAGCGACAAAUGACGUCAAAUACGCCUUUGAUGUGAGAGAUUUUAAGCCGAGUUAUGGUUACAACACGACAAUCACGCCCGUGACGGAAGACGAAGAGACAAAUGAGAAAAAUCAGUUGAGUUUUAACUUUGUGAUGACAGAAGCGGGUGUUCCAAAGGCAAACCAUUUCACGCAAUGGGGCAUCGUUGAUACGACAACAAGUCCAAAUCCAACGCAGACAGCUUUUAUUCGGAUUUCUGAUGCGGUUUUGCGAUCAGAAGAGGGACAAAUUAGUUACGUGGCGAUUUUGUUGUCCGAAUUGGGAUGUCAACCGGAUCCUGUACCGAAAAAUGGAUUGCUGAGAGAAGGAUCUGAUUGGCCAUACUCUUUGUCGUGGCAUGAUGUGCAAGAUAAAGAGUGCAUUCCGCAGUAUCAGACGACGAAAAAGCGAUGGGCAGUUGAAGAUGACAACAAACCAAUUUAUUUCACCAUCGGCAUGAGCGAUUGCACAAACGACUUGGAUUUUUGUAAUGGACCUCUCAAACCUGGUACUCGAUAUGGAGUUAUCGUGCGAAUUUUCACCUUUACAGGAUACAGCGAUACUCAAAUGAUGGAAUUCGAGACAGACAAUCUCAUUGCACUUUUGUUAAUAAUAUCUGUAAUUGCGGCCCUUCUUUUGAGCAGUUUUAUUGUUGGAUUGAUGCUUUUGUACAAAAAAGGAAUGUUUGAGCCAAGUCCUGGAUUAACAAUUUUACCCGGAAUUGACGAAAUUAACGGAAAAAACUUCAUGGAACGUUAUAACGAGAUGACGGCGAACAAAAACGAGAAAUUAAUUAAGGAAUAUAAGACAAUUGAGGCUGACACAGCAAUUCUUGAGAAUUAUUCAUUCAAUGCCGCACGUCAAAAUAGCGCGAAAAAUCGUUAUUCGAACAUUCAUCCGUUUGAUCAUAAUCGCGUUGUUCUCAGUAUGGAGGAUGGGGACACGGAUUACAUCAAUGCCUCAUAUAUUGAUGGUUUUCGUCUUGAAAAGGAGUACAUUGCAUGUCAAGGUCCCAAACCGGAAACUUGCAACGAUUUUUGGCGCAUGAUUUUAGAGCUAAAAGUCGAGUCAAUUGUCAUGCUGACGUCGUUUAAGGAAGGAAACAAAGUCAAAUGUGCAGAAUAUUUUCCCGCUGUCGAUGAAUUCAGUUACUACGAUGACGUGAUAGUGCGAUGCACUUCCGAACAACCUUUUGACACGUACAAGAAACGAACGUUCGUUGUCGAGAAGGGAAAUGACACGAGCGUUGAAGUAACGCAUUAUCAUUUUCUGCGAUGGUUGGAUCACGAUUGCCCAAAAUACCCGAAUGAACUGAUAAAAUUCGUGAAACAAGUCAGAACGGAUCGAAAAGUGCUUGAUGUGCCGCUCGUAGUUCAUUGCAGUGCGGGCGUUGGGAGAACGGGAACGUUUAUCGCGUUGGAUAUCAUCAUGCAGAAGAUCAAAGAGGAGAAGAGAUUGAACAUUUACGAAAUUGUGAAGCAAUUGAGGAUGCAAAGAGUGAAAAUGGUUCAAACGCCGGGACAGUACAUCUAUCUUUAUCGAUGCGUUUAUGAGCUGAUGAGGAAAGAAAAGAGUUGGACUCAAAGAGUUUUAGAAAAAUUAAUGAAAAAGCCCGAUACUGACUCCCUGGAUGAUGAAAAAUCUGAUUGCAACACUAUCCUCGCCGAGAUGUCUCCAAAACAGACAAAUGGAAAGAUAAAGACUGACAACUCUAAUGGUCAAUUAAUGAGUACAGAAAGUCAUAUUUGACAAAUUUAUGUGAUAAUUUGUGUGCCUUGUACCUUAAAAAAUAACGAAAAAUAUAUUUUUAU